AUGAAUACAUUCAUAUGCACAGGAGCGACUACAUUAACAGGAACAGGAACAAUGCUUUUAGGAUAUAUGGAACACGGAUGUGGAAUGUUUAAAAUUGCCAGUUACCGUAUGGAGCAAGCAAUGACGAUCAAAGUGUUUAAAAAAAUUAGCACAAAAGACGAAAUUAUGAUUCAUAAAGAAAUAAUUUAUGCCAUCGACAUUCAUCGCAAAGCUAUAAAGUAUGUCGAACUUUUGUUAUCCAAUUUUGAAGGAUCAUUCAUUUUAUUAAUACUGGUCGGUGUGAUAUCUUUAAGUCUUAAUCUUUUCGCAGUAAGUUGUGUUUUACAUUUUUAAAUAUGUACUAAAAAAUUAUGACAAUAAUUAAAACAAAAAAUAAUUAACCUUUAAUGACUCAGAAACUUUCAGAAAAA